UGUUAUACAACGUAGUUGUUUUUCCAUAUUUUAGUUCUUCGUGGAUUGAUUUUCAAAACGGCCUAUUAGUUGGACUGACUGUGGAUUUUGAAGUAACGUGGGUCUCACAGACCCACGUUACUUCAAAAUCAAACGUUUCCGCGAAAAAUCAAUUUUUUCAAUUUUUUUUUUUAAUCGAAAGUUCGAACGAUUCUGCGUCGAUAAAAAAAACGAAUUCUAAAAAAACUCUAGUAGUUUCGAUACAAGCGUUUAAAAAAAAAAAAAACUAAAAUUUGAACUAGAAAUACCGGUUUGAUUUUUGGGUGGGUUUGGGAGACCCAUGUCAGUCCACGAAGGGUUAAUACUUGUGCAAACUGCGUAGUCUUUUUUACUUUUUUUUGUUCAGAUUUUUUUUAGUUUUAAUACAUCGACUGCAUACACACACACGUACACAGAACAACGCAAUUCUACUGUUGCCCUGGUUUGGCUAGCAUUAAGAUAAACUCAUUACGCAUGAUAGUUUCUGGAUUAAAAAAAUUUAUGCACAACGAUGUCCAAUUACCCGUACAAGUACGCAAAAUGUCUAGAUAUGAACCAACUGUCGGAAUCACCACAACAAACAAGAGACUCGCGCUCGUUAGAAGGCUUUUUUCCCCUUGUCACUAUUACCGAGGGAUGUGGCAUCGUUCUUCUAAUUUUGGUGGGUGUUUGGAUUAGCUAUUACAGAGGUGGCUACUCAUGGAGAUCCGAUCCGAAGCUUGAAUUUAAUUGGCAUCCUUUGUUAAUGAUCAUCGGACUUGUUUACCUGUACUCCAACGCCAUGCUCCUCUACAGAACUCAAAGAAAUGUUCGCAAAAAGCAGUUAAAACUGACCCACGCGGGACUGAUGUUGUUCAUUGUGCUGCUAGUGGUGAUCGCCUUGGUAGCAGUCUUUGACAGCCACAAUUUAGCUUCGCCCCCAAUACCGAAUAUGUAUACCUUACAUAGCUGGGUGGGAUUAACAACUGUGAUAUUAUUUUGCUGUCAGUGGGUCGCAGGAUGUGUCUCGUUCCUUUUUCCCGGCUUACAAAGCCCGUUAAGAGCCGCCUAUAUGCCACUGCAUGUAUUCUUUGGCGUUGCAGCGUUUAUUGGCGCGAUUGCAUCGUGCUUGUUGGGACUCAACGAGAAGGCAAUUUUUACGUUGAAGGAUAAAUACGCAGAUCUCGUGCCCGAGGGAAUGCUAGUAAAUUUCAUAGGGGUGCUCCUGAUAGUGUUCGGAGGCUUAUCUGUGUAUUUGAUAUCGCAAGAACGUUACCGACGUAUACCAAGACCGGAGGAUGACAUGUUAUUAUCUCGCUAAUUUGUUAAGUAUUUAUUACGCGGUUUGUUCGGAAAAUGAAAUGAAAACUCGGUAUGACGCUUUCUCGAAUUAAAAAAUUCCAAGGUUUCAGAAACGUAAAAAAAGUUCGUAAAUUCUGUGCACAAUCAAAUCGAGGCUGACAAAACAUUACACUUGUUUUGACACAGAGUGAAAAAUAUUUCUUCGAGUUUGAACAUUUCUAUUAGAGUUUGUUUAUAUAGCGCGUGUGAGAAAUUUUUUAAUAUA